UAAAAAUCACAGAUCCCAGCAGCUUCUGCUUGCUGACACAGACUUCCUACUGGGAGGCAAAAUGGCUUUUCAUUCUGUAUUUCUGGUUYUCUUAGCUGGCCUGGCAUUUUGCUCUGAAGCUGCACCAUCGGAGCCUCUUUACAUAAAAGUUGUGGACGCAGUCCGAGGAAGUCCAGCUCCAAAUGUUCCAGUGAAGUUGUAUAAAGAAGUUGCAGAAGGAUCUUGGGAACUGUUAAGUUCAAAACAAACCAAUGAAAAAGGAGGCCUCCUGGAGCUUACAACUAAAGAACAAUUUGUAACAGGGUUAUACAAGCUUGAGCUUGAUACAGCUUCUUACUGGAAGAGUUUGGGYUUGAACCCCUUCCACCACCAUGCUGAUGUGGUGUUCACAGCUAAUGAUGCUGGUAAUCGGAAUUACAAAAUUGUUGUUGUCGUCAGUCCCUUCUCUUACUCAACUACAGCAGUCGUUAGCGAUCCAGUGGAGUAGAAGCUGACAUUAAGCAUGAAAAUUCAGUYGUGUAAACUGAAAUUUCCAUAAAUGAUAAGAACUUAGUAUCUGACUGUACCAACAGCUUUAGAUUUCACAGUAAAUCACUAAGUUUUUUAUUCACUUUGUUAACUUUAGGAAGAAAGUGUACUGAGUUUGCUCUUCUGAAUAAAAGUAUUCUGUAUUGCC